GCGCAUGCGUGCGGCGGCGAGCGGCUGAUUGCGUCACACGGCAGCGCCGGGACCGCGGGGACGGAAUAACGGGAACGGGGAGAUACGGCCGUGAGUGAGUGAGUGAGUGAGGGCGGCGACACCAGCCGGGCCCAGCCGUCACCGCCCCGGUACCGCUGAGUUACCGCUGCACAGAGCGGCCCUAUCCCGGUCCGCCCUGAUGGCAGCGGGGCCAUGAGGAACAACCAGAGCACGGCGCUGCGCGGCGACAGGGUGGCGCUGGUUCCGUACUGCAGCCAGCACGUGGCCCGGUACGAGGGUACCACGAGUGGAUGCAGAGCGAGGAGCUGCAGCGUCUGACGGCCUCAGAACCGCUGAGCCUGGAGCAGGAGUACGAGAUGCAGCGCAGCUGGAGGGACGAUGCCGACAAGUGCACCUUCAUUGUGCUGGACAGGGAGCGCUGGUCGGAGCAGGGAUGCAGGGAUGAGGACUGCAUGGUGGGGGAUGUGAAUCUCUUCCUCACUGACACCGAGGAUCCAACUUUGGGCGAGAUUGAAAUAAUGAUUGCAGAACCCAGCUAUCGUGGCAGAGGAUUUGGCAAGGAGGCGACUCUGAUGAUGAUGUCCUAUGGAGUGACAGAGCUCGGCAUCACCAAAUUUGAGGCUAAGAUUGGUCAGGAAAAUGAAGCCAGUAUUUGCAUGUUCAAGAAGCUUCAUUUUAAGGAGGUUUCUGUGAACAGUGUUUUCCAAGAGGUGACACUGAGGCUGGAUAUCAGUGACCAAGAGAGACAGUGGCUCCUGGACCAGACAAAACACGUGGAGAAGAAAAGCUACAUUGAACAGAAGCUUCCAGCUGACAGCUGAGAAUGCUGCCUGAACUUUGGACCUGGACAAUAGCUGCUAAUUCACAGACUCGACUCGGAGUGACUCCAUGACUUUAACAUGCUGUUCCAGCGGGGCCUGCAGUCACCAGCAGUUAAUAGAUUCCUGGUACAACCAGUUUCUGGACAAGCAGCAACCCGUGUUCCUGCUUCCACUGCCCUCAGAGCAAGAUUCGUCACUGUUGCAGAGGAGGUCUGAGUGCUCUGGGAGCUCAACCUGUCCUCUAUUCAAUAAUAAUUACAAAAUAAAAAUCUCAGGUACCUCUGGGA